AUGGCGCUGGAGGUCUCUCGGGUCCUCGCCGGUGCCCAUGACGACCCCAUCCUAUGCGUCGCGUACAACGCGGUGAGGCGCGAGGUCUGGACCGGAUGCCAGGGCGGCAAGAUCCGUUGCUGGGAGGAGAAGACCGGGGAGAUGGUCCAAGAAGUCUCGGGCGCGCACAAGGGAUGGGUGACCGCUAUGGAGUACGUCCGCAGGCACGAUUACCUCGUCACUUGCGGUGUCGACGGCACGAUGGUGUGUCGCACGGAGAAGGGGAAGGAGCUGCAGCGCGUGGACGCCCGCGGCGCCCUCUUCUGCCUCGCGUACGGCGCCCGACGGGACCUCCUCGUCGCCGGCGGGCGAGGCGCAAUCUCGGUCUUCCGGCUCGUGACCAUCAACACCAUCGAACGGAACAAGGACCCGGGUGAUCGAAGGGUUCACCCCGUCCGCCUCGUCUGCACCGUCCCGGACGUCCACGCCGACGUCAUCCGCGGCGUCGCGUGCGACGCGAACGGGCGGAUAUUCACCGGGAGCUACGACCGGUCCGUCUGCGUCUUCGACGGUGAGCAAUUCGAGAGGAUGCGGAUGCGCGACGCGGACGAGCCGGCGGCGAGUGUACCCCCGCGCGAUCCCCCGAGGUACCGACGUUGGGCCAACGCACACGACGCCGCCGUGUCCGUCGUUGCCACCGACCCGGCCAACGCGUGGGUCCUCACGGGAUCCUACGACGGUUCGUGCAAGGUGUGGACGCACGAGGGCGCGCAGCUCAUGAACUUUUCAAACUUUCCCGGUGUGGACAAGGUGACGGGGCUGUGCUACUCGCCCGCCACCGGGACGUACUGGGCGAGCGGCGGUAAGGAUCGCGGCCGAGUCAACGUCCUGGACCCGAGGUCCCCUCUGAACGUCACGGAGUUCGUACGGGGAGUGUGUGGUUUUGGUGACUUUGCCGUCACUGCGCUUCACGCGUCGCCGAACGACGGCGACAGGGUGUUCGGCGUCGUCGCCGACGGCGUGCCCACGCGCCACGACGUCGUGUUGUGGCGUUUCGAAUCCGACGCGACGUUUCGCGUUCUUCGGGCGCACGAGGACUGGGUCGAGGCGCUCGUGCGCGUGCCCCACCGCGGCGACGCUCCCGAGGAGGUGUACAGCGUCGGGAGCGAGGGCACCGUGCUUCGGUGGCGAGCCAGCGGCGACGUCAGCACGGACGUGUGGACGAAGGAGGAGAGCAUCGACGGCGGAGACAUCGCGCGAGGGGGAAUGGCGUGCGCGUGUUUCAGCGCGGAUCUGGGCGCCCUCGUGACCGGCUGCGAGGACGGGACGAUUCGUAUUUGGGAGCCGAGCGUCUCGCCGGAUGACGCGGACGGGCGCGAACCCGAGCCGGGGUCGGAGGACGGCGACGAGUUUGACGGCGACGAGCCGAAAGAAAAGGAAUCGCGGCUGGAGGAUUACCUGGACGGCGAGGAACCGUGGCUGCGCAAGGUGAUGCCCGGGCACCAGGGGAGGGUGGCGGCGGUCGCGGAGCUCUGGGAUCACACGCUGGCUUCCGCGGGCGCCGACAGGACGAUUCGGUUUUGGGACUUGCAAACCCGGAGGGAGGCGCACUGCGUUCCGGACGCGCACGAAAACGCGGUGCACUCGCUGGAGCGAUGCGCACUACGGGAGGAGAUCGCCACCGCGGCGCAGGGGGAGGACCGAGUCAAGAUCUGGCGCGCGAGCGGGCCUUACGAUCCGGAUGAGGAUGAGGGCGCGAGGCUUGCGGGUCAGUUGACCGGUCACGCGGAGGCAGUCACCGCCGUGAAAUGGUGCGAGUGGCGCGAGCUGUGGGUCACGGCCUCGAACGACCGGACGUUCAGACUGUGGUGUCCGCGCGCGCUAGAGACGACGCGGUGCUUGAAGUUCAGGGGGGAUUCGAUCACGGCGAUGGCGCUGGACGCUUCAAACGGGAAAGUACUCGCCGCGAUGACAGACAGGAAAGUCAGGGUGUUUGACCUGGCGAGAAUGGAAGGGAGGAAGGACAAGCACGGCAACUGGAUCGACGACGGCGUGAAGGGUGACGAGGAACUCGACGGUGGCGAGGGAGAUCAGAUUGCGGAAGGGGAGAAGAAAGCGACGGAGGCUGAAGAAGACGCGCCCGUCGCGCCGGAGGGGAAAGAACAAUCGAAGGUUGAGGAACCGCCGGCGCCGAGGGUGCCGAACUUCGCCGGCGCACACGUCGACGACGACGCCGAGGCCGACCACAUCUUCUGCGGCCACGUCGACCUGAUCCGCGCCAUCGUCUGCGCACCGGGUAAGGGGCAGUACAUGACCGCCGGGUGCGACGGGGACGUCCGCGUCUGGCUCGCCCCGAAUAACCCAAACCGAACGUCUUCGACCGUCCCAACCCUGUUCGAGCCCGGGUCCGAGGGCGUCGACGAGAGUUCGAUCGACCGGGGAGUCGGCGAGUUCGAGCGCAAGAAUCCCUUGGUGGUCCCGCGGAGCAUUCGCGCGCCGGAUCCGGCGGCGAAGAUGAUCGCCAGGCAGCUCGAGGAGAGGGAGAGGAUGGACGCAGAGGAAACCGAGCGGGUGGCGAGGGUAGAGGAGGAGCGUCGCGAGCGCGAGAUGUCCACGAGGGUCGGAAGGAUGCUGUGCGGGCUGCAGGAUGAGUUGAUGGGUCGCGGAGGCGAGGCGGAGCCGGCGAAGGAGAAGGUGAGGGCUGGAGGGCGAUGA